UUAGAUGAUGGAGUUGGCUGAAACCUUACUUCUUGAAUGUCAUGUUUCACUUCGAAAAUUCUGUGAUGCUCUAAAAAUAUGGACAAAGUGCUCUUCUUUACCAUUGUGGAUUAAGAACAUGUAUUCAACACUGAACAGCAACUCAUUUGAUGAGUUUCGGUAUCAUCGGCAUUUGUUGAGAAAUGGUUACCCGCUUGUAAACCAACAUGUCCCAGGGAGAUAUUUGUGCCCUCUUUGUCCCAAACCUGAUGAAGCUGGUACUCUGAUUGAAUCAAUGGAUGCUUAUUUUGGUCUUGUCAGAAAAAAGACUUCAGGGAAGGCUCAGUUCUUGUCAAGGCAUAAUUCCAUUUUGUUCCACAAUCAAGAAGAAGUUGAUUCAUUUGUUGAUAACUACACUUCAAGUGCUGAACAAGCUAAAACUGAUUGUCAUGAGUUUAAGGCAGGUGAAGUAAAUGACAUGAUUCGAUCAAAAGGUAGAAACAAAUUAUUCGAUGAGAAAGGUGUUUUUGGUUGUGUCUGCCGGCAUGAUUACCCAAAAGGAUUUAUGAAUAUCAAACAUGGAGAAAGGAUUGGUUAUUCAGUUUUUAGCGUCAAACACCAGCUCUCUAACUCCAACGAAAACACAACAAUAAAAAUCAUGUAUGACAUUGCAUGUACUUUGAAGGCACACCUAAUGAAAAAUGGAAAGCAUGAUUUUGUGAAGAGAGCCGAUUAUUCUAUUCCUGUCUUCCACUGCUAUGGUCAUAAGUCCUUGUGUCAGAUACAAUUUAACCCAAGAAGGAAAAAAGGAUAUGGAUUAACUGAUGGGGAAGGAGUGGAAAGACUAUGGAUCUUCAUUAGCUGCUAAACUUAAAAGAUGUCCUGAACUUAUUACCAACACGCAAUCACAAAUACAAGACUUAUUUUCCAAGCUAGAUGUUCUGUAUGACUCUGAUUUAUUAGACACAUGGAUGAAGGAAGAAGAACAACUAAUUAACGAGAAGAAUUCAAAACGGGCACUUCCGUUAACAUGGCAACAAAAAUACGUGGAAAGUUUAUUGCAACUUUACCAACUGAGAAUGCAGAUUGCUUGUAUUCAGGAAGUUGAUCAUGGUCACUUUGCGGAUAUUGUAAAAA